ACACGAAAAUACAGCUGGAAAAACAAUGAGAAUACCCGAAAUACAGCUGCAAAAUUAGUUAAUUUCACAUUCAGGUUUUAAAUUUGUAACAGUUGCCCACAUAAAAUACUUCAUCUUGCAUACUUGAAAGACUGAUGGUCCAAAAUGAUUUGGUUAUAUGCUGUGCUUUCUCUUUCCCUUUUUAAGUAUCAUCUCUCCCCAAACGUUGGAUGACGCAAGUUUUAAUGACGCAAACGAGUUUGAUAUUGAUUUUGAUAAAAUACUGGAAAAUUAUCAGGAAGAAUUAAUUCUGUUGGCUGAGUUAAGAGAUAAAUAUAAAAGAGAAAAUGCUAUAGAAAUUGUAACCGAUAUCAAUUCCAACAGAGCUUUUGAUCUGGAUUUCGAGACAGAGAGACUGGAAGAACAGCAGAUUAUUUUUGAAUAUAUUGCUACAGUAACAAACAUGUUGGACUUGCCAGAAGACAAAAGGGCUCGUCUCAUAGAAAAACUCAAUUCGUUUCCUAAAUUCCGUGAAAUUGUCAACACAUGCAAGAGAGCCAUACCUUCUCCCCAGUGUAACUUUUUGUCACCGUAUAGGACUUAUGAUGGCACUUGCAAUAAUUUAGAGCACCCUAGAUGGGGUGCCUUAUUUUCAUGUGAUCUCAGGCUUUUGGAUGCAAAUUAUGAAGGUGUAGCUGGUUUCGUAGAAUCUGUCAAAGGAGGACCUCUACCUCAUCCGAGGGUAUUAUCUCUGAAUCUCAGCAAUGAAGCGGAACUUCCAAGAAUGAAUGUCUCGCAUUUGUUUCCGUAUUUCGGUCAAUUGUUGGCUCAUGAUAUGGCUCGUACUCCUCCAACAACGACUGGAGGCCGAACAAUGCUUUGCUGUCCGAUAAAGGGAAUGCUGCAUCCGCAGUGCAUACCACUGCUAUACGCUGCUGAUGAUCCAUAUUAUAAGCAGUUCAACUUCACUUGUCAAACUAUGCUUAGACAUGUCCCAUGCACAUCCUGUUCAUUCGGAAAAAGAAUGCUUACGAACCAGGCAACAACUUUCAUUGAUUGUUCGUUUAUGUAUGGUGUAACUGAAGAAGCAGCAAGGAAACUAAGAACACUUGAUGGAACAGGAAAAUUACUCACACAGCGGGGCAAUCUGAUGCCCAAAAGAGUUAAGGUAGACAGAGAUAUAAAUUGCAUGGUGGAUUUCAAGAAAUAUUGCUUCGAAUCAGGUGAUUCUAGAGGAAACCAACACACUAUUUUGGCAUCCUUACACAAUCUUUUCGUUAGAGAACAUAACAGAAUAGCUACUCAGUUGAAAAUUCUGAAUCCUCAUUGGGAUGGAGAACCAAUAUUCCAAGAAACAAGGAAGCUUGUGGGCGCAAUAAUGCAGAGUAUUGUGUACAAGGAGUUCCUACCUUUGCUCAUAGGGCCAACUCGAAUGUGGGAAUUUGAUUUGUGGCCCAACACUUCGCACUAUGAUCCCACUGUCAAUCCAGAACAGAUUUCAGAAUUCAACACGGCUGCCUUCCGCUUGCACAGCACAGUCAACACUCCACUCUACGAAAAUGGAACAAACAGUGUGGUCAGACUAAGAGACACUUUCAUGAUUCAUAAACCCAUCCACGACGGUUGUUUUGGAAAAUUCUUGCAAGGAGCAUCUAAAUUUCCGGCUCAUAAAUAUGGUCGACAUCAUGUGGAUGAUGCUACUAAGUAUUUGUACAAGUCACCCGAGAAGCUCCUUGGUCCUGAUAUCCAAACUAUUAAUAUCCACCGAGGAAGAGAUCAUGGUAUGCCACCAUACAUUCAGUUGUUAGCAUAUUGCACAGAUAACGAAAUUAAUGUGAGGACAUUCGAAGAUCUCAAUCAAGUAAUGCUCCCCGAGGACGUAAACUUGCUGAAACACCAUUACAAGGAUGUGGCCGAUAUCGAUCUGAUUAUAGGACUUCAGAUGGAGUAUAACGACGAUACUUCAGUACUGCCACCCACAGGAUCUUGUAUAAGCGGAAUUCAGUUCAGAAACCUCAAAGAAGGAGACAGAUUCUUCUUUGCUCAUAUGGGUCUUCCAAAUUCAUUUAGCAGAGGUGAGUCAAAAAUGCAGUAUUAAUCUAAUGAAAUAAAA